AUGCAAUACCGCAACCUCCUCCUCCUUGGCCUCGUCAGCGUCGCCAUCGCACAAAACGACUCCGACUGCGACAGCCCAGACAGCAACACCGACAACGGCGGCAACAACUGCUCCACCCGCCAGAACAACGACAACGACAACGACUCCGCCGCCACCUCCACCCUCAACGGCAUCGUCGUCACCUCCCGCGACACCACCACCGACGUCGGCCAGAGCACCACCCUCGUCCCCGUCCUGACCCAGUCCGUUGCCACAACUACGGACGUGGGCGUCGACACUACGCGGGAGACUCUCACCGAGACGACGGAUGUGGGCACCACGCCGACCAAGACGGUUGUGCAGUUUGCCACGACUACGGAUGUGAACUUGCAGAGUGGGUAUGCGUACACCACGGAUAGCUCGGGCAAAACCAUUGCUACCUUCACGGGGACUGGGACGGCGCCGAGUUUCACGGGUAUUGUACCUGGGGACGUGACGAGCACGGAUUCGGGAGUGAUGGCGACGGCUGUGCCGUAUGUUGGCGCUGCUGCUAUGGCGGGGUUGGCUUUUGUGCUUUGA